AUGAAUUCGACAUCGCCUAGUGGUGCGGUGACUGUGGCGAACAUCGCCUAUUGUUACGUACUGCCAGUCAUAUGCGCCAUAGGAGUUAUAGGAAAUAUUACGAACUUAAUUGUGUUGGCGAGUCGACGACUACGAGCAGUGUCGUACAUGUACCUAAGAGCCUUGGCUGUUGCUGAUUUGUUAUGCAUGGUAUUCGUACUAUUGUUCGUGACGACCGAAAUUCUCACCAAGAACGGUGCACCGAUAAAUCAAUACAGACUUUAUCAGGUUUACCAGUGUCACUUCAUGCUUACACUCAUCAAUUGGGCUCUUGGAGCUGGAGUGUACGUGGUAGUGGCACUUUCGCUUGAACGCUACAUUUCUAUCGUGUUUCCUUUGCACUUUCGUGCAUGGAACUCACCUCAACGUGCAUCAAAGGCCAUUAUCAUUGCUUUCGUUAUUCCUGCCUUGCUAUACAUACCAUACGCCAUCACAAGAUACAAGAGUGUUGAGAAAUGGGACCAUCACGCAAAUGCUACCAUCUACAAAGUUGACGAUCACCAGGUGUAUAGGACAAUCCAGUGGCAGAUCUACAAAUGGACGCGAGAAACUAUUCUUCGAUUUCUGCCAAUAAUAAUUCUGUCUGUGCUCAACAUUCAAAUCAUGAUUGCUUUUCGAAAACGACAAAAAAUGUUCCAAAAGUUGACAAAACGAAAAGAACAAGGCACACACAAGGACGACACUCUAAUGUAUAUGUUAGGCGGAACUGUUUUCAUGUCACUGCUUUGCAACAUUCCGGCAGCUAUCAAUCUUCUGUUAAUAGACGAGGCACUCAAACAAAGACUGGACUACCAAAUAUUCCGUGCUGUUGCGAAUAUUCUUGAGAUUACUAACCAUGCUUCACAAUUCUAUGUCUUCUGCGCUUGUUCAACCGACUAUAGAAUCACAUUUCUUCAGAAGUUUCCCUGUUUCAAAAAAGCCUAUGCGAAUCGGUCACAUUUGCGGUCAUUUGCAAAGCGGACGCAGUCAGCAGUUAAUAGAGACAAGGACAGUUCAGAUCAACCCACGACGAGUCCAAAGGUUCAUUUCGUUUCAAAAUUGCAAUUACGAAUGUACCAGGGUCACUCCGAUUCCACUAGUUGUGAGCGAAAACUUGUUGAAAAACGAAUUUAUUUACGGGAGGGAACUUUUCUAUCGAUUUUACACUUACUAGAAAAUCGGUACACGAGAAGUGAGUAG